CCAACCACGGAAGGAAAAAAAUUUAGAAAUGUCUUACCUUUAACAUAUGUUUAGCUGUUGUUUUGUGUUGUGUUCCAUUCCUUCUCAUCUCACCCACCAUUUUUGUUACCCUUUUCCCUCUCUUUCAUCAAAACAUACCUUUUGGUGUCCGUUUACUUCAGAUCUGAGAAACCCAAAAAAAUUUGAAACAAUUUUAUGUCUUUCUAGAGAGAGAAAGAGAGUGAGGAAGAAGGGAAAAUGGCUAUGGAUGGUGGUGGUGAGAAUGUGAAUGGGAAUGGAAAUGGUGGCUCUGUUUCAGAAUUCCAAUUGGGUAAAAAGAAUAGAUACAAAAGAAUGGAUUUUGAUCUGUUAGAAGAAGAAGAAGAUGAAGAACAACGUCAUGACACCAAGAAAUUUGUGGUUGCUUGUGCCAUUUUUGCUUCUCUCAAUUCUGUUCUCCUUGGAUACGAUGUGGGUGUUAUGAGUGGUGCAAUUAUAUUCAUUCAAGAAGAUCUGAAGAUAUCAGAAGUACAAGAAGAGGUUCUUGUUGGGAUUUUGAGCAUAAUCUCCUUAUUGGGUAGUUUGGCAGGUGGGAAAACAUCUGAUGCAAUUGGUAGAAAAUGGACAAUUGGAUUAGCUGCCAUUGUUUUCCAAACUGGUGCUGCUAUAAUGGCUCUUUCGCCUUCAUUCGCAGUCUUAAUGGUCGGCCGCCUAUUGGCCGGGAUUGGCAUAGGAUUUGGUGUCAUGAUAGCUCCUGUUUACAUUGCUGAGAUUGCUCCAACAGUAGCCAGAGGCUCACUAACUUCAUUCCCAGAAAUCUUUGUCAAUUUCGGUAUCCUCCUUGGUUAUGUAUCGAAUUAUGCCUUUUCAGGCCUUCCAGCACACAUAAAUUGGAGGAUCAUGCUUGGUGUGGGAGUUCUUCCCUCAAUUUUCAUCGGUUUUGCUCUCUUUGUCAUCCCAGAAUCUCCAAGGUGGUUAGUGGUACAGAACAGAAUUGAUGAGGCAAGAGCAGUGUUGUGCAAAACCAAUGAUAGUGACACUGAAGUGGAAGAUAGAUUGAAAGAGAUUCUGCAAGCUGCUGGGAUGGCCAAUGCUGAGAAGUAUGAGGCGAAAGCCGUUUGGAAAGAGAUUUUGAAACCAUCUCCCUCGGUUAGAAGAAUGCUUAUAACUGGCUGUGGCAUCCAAUGCUUUCAGCAGAUUACAGGCAUUGACGCGACCGUAUAUUAUAGUCCCACGAUUUUCAAAGAGGCCGGGAUUAAUGGCAACUCUCAACUACUGGCUGCAACUGUUGCUGUUGGUUUUACCAAGACUUUGUUCAUCUUGGUAGCUAUCUUUCUCAUUGACAAAUUGGGGCGAAAACCAUUGCUUUACAUAAGCACAAUUGGAAUGACUACUUGCUUGUUUUGUCUCAGCCUUACUUUAGCUCUAAUGGGAGAUGGAAAGUUAGGCAUCAUAUUGGCAAUUCUAGCUGUUUGUGGUAAUGUAGCAUUCUUCUCAGUAGGAAUUGGUCCAAUCUGUUGGGUUGUUUCAUCUGAGAUAUUCCCUUUAAGGCUUCGAGCGCAGGCAUCAGCACUUGGAGCAGUCGGUAGUAGGGUUAGUAGUGGUGUGAUCGCCAUGUCUUUCCUAUCGGUCUCUCGAGCAAUCACAGUAGCAGGAACCUUCUUUGUUUUCUUUGUGAUUUCGGCUAUUUCUGUUGCAUUUGUUUAUAAUUGUGUCCCUGAAACAAAAGGGAAGUCUUUGGAAGAAAUUGAAAUGUUAUUCCAGGAUGAAACAGAAGGAGUUGAAGUGGAAAUGGAAGACGCCGAACGCCUAGUACAUAAUGAACCGAAAUGAUAAGGCUGUGCAGGCUUCUAAAACUAGUUCAAGCAAGGGAGAGCAUUUUGAUUUAUUGAUGAAGGUAUUAGUAGUUAUUUACUUAUUUUAGUCUUAGAAAUAUACCAAGUUUGAGUCUUAUUACAAGAUCAGUUAUAGGAAUCCUUGAUGUCAUUUAUGAGGGCUAUUGCCCUUGAAAGAUUUAAGAUCAUAAAAAGGUACAAGAGUAGUAGUAACAUACUUGAGUUGUAUGGAGCUUGGUGUGCAUAUUUUGCUCCUCAAUGAUUAUUAUUUUUUCUAAAUGGGAUUUCUUCUGGUGAUUCAGUUCAGAUUUCAUUGAAACAAUAAAUAAUUUUAUAUAUAAAUAUAAAAAAGAAGGUACACGUUACUAAAUAGAUCUGCUUCUAUGGUCA